CUCUCUGUAGUGAAGAAGCUUCAGUUUUGUUGCAGCGUCUCCUCAUUUCUCCUCGUUUCUCCUCUUUGCUCCGUUUAUCUCUCCUGUUCUUCUGGUUCUUUCUUCUCCUUCCUGUGGAAUUCUGGGAGUUCUGUAGAUAGAUGAUGGGUUGAAGGUUCGGGAGCUGGACGCUGACGUGGGUUCAGUAGGAACACUGAGGAACGUUGACCGGAGGAGUUUCGGGAUCCAUGUGGACGGAAAGGGAAAGUUCUGCUGAGGAGGAACCAGCGUCUGACGCCGAGCGGGAUGCCGCUGUGAAGUUGGACGAGGAGCGAGCCGAGAUCGUAGCCCGAUAUGAAAAGGGUGUGGAGGGCGGCUCGGUGCUGCCAUGGGAGGAGGUGAACUUCGACGUCUACAAAGGCGUGGAUCGAUUCGGCUUCCACCAUGAAAAUGAGCUUCCAGAUUACGACCCUUUCGAGGAAAAGAGAAAACAUCUGGAACUGGAGAGAACGGACAAGUGGUUAAAGAUGAUCAAAAGCUGGGACAAGUACAAGAACAGUGAGAAGCUGGUGAGGAGGAUCUAUAAAGGAAUCCCACUGCAGCUUCGAGGUAAAGUUUGGGCUCUUCUCCUCGACGUCCCCAAAAUAAGGGAGGAGAAGAAGGACUUCUAUGAGAAAUUGAAGGUCCGAGCGAAAGGUUUGUCUCCCGAUGUCCGGCAGAUCGACCUGGACGUGAACCGCACCUACAGAGACCACAUCAUGUUCAUGCGCCGCUACGACGUCAAACAACAGGCCCUGUUUCACGUCCUCACAGCGUACUCCAUGUAUAAUAAGGAGGUGGGGUAUUGUCAGGGUAUGAGUCAGAUCACGGCUCUCCUCCUGAUCUACAUGGAUGAAGAAGACGCAUUCUGGGCUUUGGUCAAACUGCUGUCUGGACAGAGACACGCCAUGCACGGGUUCUUUAUUCCGGGUUUUCCAAAGCUGCUUCGCUUUCAAGAGCAUCAUGACCGCAUCCUAAAGAAGAUGAUGCCCAAACUGAGACAACAUCUAGACAAUCAGGAAGUUUACACCAGUCUCUACACCAUGAAGUGGUUCUUCCAGUGCUUUCUGGAUCGAACCCCGUUUACACUGACCCUGAGAAUAUGGGACAUCUAUAUUCUAGAAGGAGAGCGAGUUCUUCCAGCCAUGUCCUACACCAUCCUCAAGCUCCACAAAAAGAACCUGCUAAAGCUCUCCAUGGAGGAGCUGGUGGAGUUCCUGCAGGAGACCCUGUCCAAGGAUUUCUUCUACGAGGACGAUUCCGUCAUCGAGCAGCUGCAGAGCGGCAUGUCUGAGCUCAGGCGGGCCAAACUGGACCUCCCUCCUCCAGCUGAAGAUGACGAGUUUCCCAAGAAGCCGUUGGGCGUCCUCCCACCAGAGCGACCGUCGAUGGCAUCGGCCGGUCACAUUGCUAACGGGCGCAUGGAGGCUCCGCUCGCUCCGAGGGUUACCGCGGAGACGACCGUAGCAUCGUCCAGUGAGAGGAAACAGCCGACGCCGCAAAAGAAAGAGAAACACGAGGGACGCGAGGAAGCUCCGCCCAUCGCCAUCGAGAAACCGCACCUGGUGAUUAAUCACGCUUUGAACGCGGGUACCUUCGGGCGGCGAGACCUCGGCCCACGCUGGGUCAAACCGUCCGAGGGUAGGCUGGCGGCCAUGAUGGAGGGUCAGCCGAACCCGAGCGGCACCGUGCCCCCUUCUGCGGCCAUCCAGGUGUCGGCCAGUCAACAGGGUCGUCAACAUCGGCCUCGUUCUCGGGGGUUGGUGCCUGGCGCCAACCGCGGCUCUAACGCAUCGCAGUACGACAACGUGCCAAUGCAUGACCAGGAUUUCACCGACGUUUCGAACCUCGAGCGCCAACCUUCUCACACUCCUCAGCCAUAUGUGGCGCCACCCAUCGGGCAAGAAAGCCCCACGAGGCCCCCUAGUGGUGGCAUUUCCGCUCCGACGUUCAGAGUCCCCAAAAUCCCACCCAUGCCUUUUGUUCCUGCCCCCCACUCCACCCCACCUGUACACUACCCACCCAGCAUGGCGCCUGUUUACACCGUGUACGACGAGCGACCGUACGCCACCACGGCACGUUCCACGCCCUCGAAUCGCUCACCGGAAAAGAUGUUCCCGAACAACAGCUACGCUACUUACCGCCGCCAGGCGCUUGACGCCGAUGUUGUAGUCCGAACGGACGGCAUGGACGAGAGCGGGUACCUCCUCAGGCAGCCCGCUCACCUCUUAGAGCAGCGGUAUGACCGACAGUGGAGAGCAGAAGGUUGGCACGGCGGUGAGUUCGAUGUGGGGGCACUGCGCAAUGUGCCCCGCUCACCCAGCUUCCAGAUAGCUCAGCUCUCGCCCGUUCAUCCCGCUCAGGACUCCGGCUUCCUGCCCGUGCCGUUCGACACCAUGGCACACUACAGGGCAUCUGGCAGGAAUCAGAUGCCCACGGUGUUCGGAGGAGCUCAUUACAGACAAGAAGCCUUCGCCAUGCAGGAUUCCAUGCUUCUCUAAAAGAGUGAGUGUGAGAGAGGGGGAGUGUGGAUUAAAUUAGUGAGAGGGCGAGAGAGGUAUGAAUUGUAUGAGUGAGAGAGAGAGGGCGAGAGAGGUAUGAAUUGAAUGGGUGAGAGAGGUAUGGAUUGUAUGAGUGAGAGAGAGAGGGCGAGUGAGGUGUACAUUGUAUGAGAGAGAAAGGGUGAGAGCGGUGUAGAUUGUAUGAGUGAGAGAGGUGUGGAUUGAAUGAAUGAGUGAGAGAGGGCGAGAGAGGUGUGGAUUGAAUGAGUGAGAGAGAGAGAGGGCGGGAGAGGUGUACAUUGUAUGAGUGAGAGAGAGGAAGGGGCGAGAGAAGUGUAGAUUGUAUGAAUGAGAGAUUGGGUGAGAGAGGUGAACAUUGUAUGAGUGAGAGGGUGAGCGAGGUCUAGACUAUGGGUGAGAGAGAGGGUGAGAGAGGUGUACAUUGUAUGAGUGAGAGAGGAUGAUAGAGGUAUGGAUUGAAUGGGUGAGAGAGAGGGCGAGAGAGGUAUGGAUUGUAUAGGUGAGAGAGAGAGGGCGAGAGAGGUGUACAUUGUAUGAGUGAGAGAGGAUGAUAGAGGUAUGGAUUGAAUGGGUGAGAGAGAGGGCGAGAGAGGUAUGGAUUGUAUAGGUGAGAGAGGGCGAGAGAGGUAUGGAUUGUAUAGGUGAGAGAGAGAGGGCGAGAGACGUGUACAUUGUAUGAGUGAGAGAGGAUGAUAGAGGUAUGGAUUGAAUGGGUGAGAGAGAGGGCGAGAGAGGUUUGGAUUGAAUGGGUGAGAGAGAGGGCGAGAGAGGUGUACAUUGAGUGAGAGGGAGAGAGGGCGAGUGAGGUGUACAUUGUAUGAGUGAGAUACUAUGGUUGAGAGAUUGGGUGAGAGAGGUGUGUAUUGUAUGAGUGAGAGAGGGCGAGAGAGGUACACAUUGUAUUAGUGAGAGAGGGCGAGAGAGGUACACAUUGUUAUGAGUGAGAGAGGGCGAGAGGGGUGUACAUUGUAUGGGUGAGAGAGUGAUUGUGGCCAGGCUAUAUUAGCAGGAGUAAAUAUUUGAAAUAGAAGUUCAAUGAUUAAAUAUUGUCUAUAUUAGAUUAAUUAUAAAUAUUAGCAGAUUAUAAAAACGUAUUUUUAAACAUGUUUACUGAUUUAAUCUCCAUUUAUUUUUAAAAGAAAGUGAAAACAUCAGCCGUGAGGGCGCGUUUACGUUUUCUAGGACGUCCAGAUUUGAAUCGUGGUCCGUUUUUGAUCCCAUACUGACAUCCUCACAAAGAAUGUGGACAGCCGAGUAUGAGCUUGUUGGAUUGUUCGUGACGGAGUUCCGAUUCAUCCCAAAGGUGUUCAGAUGGAUUUAGGGUCAAGGUUGCUGGGAGUUCUAGCUGAUCUGUCUUAUACAUCUGAGGGAAACCAGUCCCACUGCGACCCUGACCGGAAUACGUUCACUACAUUCCUCCCAAUUUAGCGGACGCUUUUAUCCAAAGCGACUUACAGUACUGUGACAGUAAACAGUCUGAGCAAUCGAGGGUUAAGGGCCUUGCUCAAGGGCUUGAACCAGCGACCUUUUGAUUACCAGUCCGGUACCUUAACCACUAGGCUACAGCUGCCCUUCAAAGACACAAAGAGCCGUAACAAACACGCGCCCCACAAAACGUGUGGGUUCAGGCGGAGAUCCGUAUCGCGCACGGAGAGUCACGCAGAGGGCCAUCGUCCCGCCCCUUACAGACACAGCCAAUCGUACGUCUGUGUAGGCACCCGGCCGGCUGAUAGCAGAGCUGAAAUGUUAAGGUCUUGGUCUUGUCCAGUUCUUUUCCAUGUGAAGUCUUGAGCCCAGUACAGGACUAGCCACGUUUGGCCCCUGAGUGAGGCCCCUAACCCUCCAUUGCUUGAACUGUAUUUGGUUCACGUAGGUCAGUUUGAAUGAAAGGACACAAAUUUUGACGUCCAUUUAUUAGAAAUGGGUUCAACGAGGGAGGUGAGGAUAGUGUGUGUGUGUGUGUGUGUGUGUGUGUGUGUGUGUGUGUGUGUGUGUGUGUGUGUGUGUGUGUGUGUGUGUGGUCUCUCUACGUCCUACUGAACUGACAUUAUCAGACUCACCAACUUCAGGUGUUUGUACUGAUCAACCCUUAAAGACUGAUUAAAAAAAACACAGUUUGCUUUACUGUAACGGACUAAUCCCUCAUUUUUAGCGUCUUAGGAAUCGAACAGGAGUUUAUUUUAUUAUUAUUUUUAUUCUUUUUAACGUACGUGACUCUGCUCGGCUCGGAUACAAAAACACGAAACAUUUAUUCCACCUUCGGUUCUCCGUACAGAGCUUACAGAAGAUUUUAGUUUUAUUAGAAUGGAUCGUGAACAAAAAGCGAAGACGUUUCAGUCUAAACACACUGACGGAUUAUUUUUACGGCCCGGGAUCAGGGGCUCGUUCCUCUCUGUGAGGGACACACAGCUGAAGUUCUGACAGAUCAACACCAUCGUCCUAAACCACAGGGAACGGAACAGACGUCAGCGCACAUCUGGAUCUGGAUAUUUAAAAGACUUUCUCCAUCUCGGUUUCCAUUCCUUCAGCUCAAUUUCUCAAAUUCAAUUUCUCCAUCUCCAUUAAUUCAGUUCCAUUUCUCCACCUCUAUUUCCCCAUCUUCCCCAUUUCUAUAA